GUAGCUCAGAUGGUAGAGCGCUCGCUUAGCAUGCGAGAGGUACCGGGAUCGAUACCCCGCAUCUCCAUUCAUCGUUUUUAUACCAUUCCCCUCUCGUCGUUCUCUUUGUUCCUGGUUGUUGUCUCCUCACUAACCUAUCUCGUGGCUUCGAAGUAGUCUUUCAAUGGACCCCAACAGUUUGAAACUGUUAGUGGCGACAACAUUCUUAUCCCAGAAUUUUCCGAGGCUGAGUUUUGUCUAUACAAAAUCCUAAAUCACGGAGCCGCCUUUACGGACUUUACAUGAAUCGCUUUGACUACAUUUGCCUCUGCUUGAAAACUUACUUCAGCUUUAUAAGAAUCUGUUUCCUCAAAAUGGUUCCUUCCAACUCAAAUAGUUUGCAAUUUCUCUCCCUUUUUUGUACCUUCAAUGAGCAAUUUUCUCAUAUUUUUCUCUUCUUUAUUGUUUCUCUCCACUCUAGUAUCAUCCCAAUUCAACGAACUGUUUUUUCCAGGAUUCAAAGAGUUGAGCACCAACAUAACCUUACGUCGAGAUGCAAAAAUCGAGAAAAAUGGCAUUCUUCGCUUAACUGACUAUACCAGCAAUAAUAUACAAGGUCAAGCCUUCUACAGCUCGCCGAUCCAGUUCAAGAACUCCACAAAUGGACAAGUCUUUUCUUUCUCUUCCUCAUUUGUCCUGGGUAUCGUCCCUCGGUCUCCAGGUCGUGGUGGCCAUGGCCUCAGCUUCAUCGUAUCACCAUCUGAUGAACUCAAUGAUUCAUCAAGUAAGUAUCUAGUUGGAAGCGUCACAAAUCAACUAUUUGCGGUGGAGUUUGAUACAUUUCAAAAUAAGGAGUUCUUAGAUAUCAACGACAACCAUGUUGGCAUCGACAUCAACAGUUUGAUUUCGAUUAAAUCUUCAACUGCAGCAUACUUCGAUAACAGUUCAACCAUACAACUCUUGAGUCUCAAGAGUGGAAAACCAAUUCUGGCAUGGAUCGAUUACGAUGCAUCUGAAAAUUUACUAAAUGUCACCAUCUCUCCAAACUAUCCCAGACCAAGAUUGCCCUUAUUGUCUGUUAACGUAAAUCUUUCACCCAUCUUCAAUGAGUUCAUGUAUAUUGGCUUCACUUCUUCAACAGGUCAGCUUUCUAGUUCUCAUUAUAUUUUAGGGUGGAGUUUUAAAAUCAAUGGAGAAGCUGGAGCUCUUGAUCUCUCUUCUCUUCCUUCAAUUCCUCUGAAGAAGAAACAGCUGACAGUUCCUUAUAUAUUGAGAUUGAUGGGGACUUCACUGGCUAUAGUGGUUGGAUCGAUCAUUAUACUCGUCUUGGCUUUUUUUUCCUUCAUUAGAUGGAGAAGAUUUCAACUAGAAGCAAAGUUUCUAUUUGACUUAAUGAGUGAAGCAAAGGAGCUUGAGAUCGAUGGAAAGAAAGGCUUCAACUUGAAAGUAUAUAAAGUGUCAUCCAUUAAGUUAGCCACAGAUAACUUCUCGUCUCAAAGAAAACUUGGAGAGGGUGGUUUUGGACCUGUUUAUAAGGGCUUGUUGCCUGGCGGGCAAGAGGUGGCAAUAAAAAGGCUAUCAGGAAAAUCAAAACAAGGAUUAGUGGAGUUCAAGAAAGAGCUUAUAAUAAUAGCUAAAUUACAACAUACCAAUAUAGUGCGGCUUUUGGGUUUCUGUAUUCAAGGGCAAGAAAAAAUUUUGGUCUAUGAAUACAUGCCAAAUAAUAGUUUGGACACUUAUAUUUUUGAUGCUAAUGAAAGAAGGUUGUUUGAUUGGAAAAAAUGUUUUAAUGUCAUUGAAGAAAUAGCUCACGGACUACUUUAUCUACACAAGUAUUCAAGAUUGAAAAUAAUUCAUAGAGACUUGAAAGCUAGUAAUAUAUUGCUUGACAAAAACAUGAACCCCAAGAUAUCCGACUUUGGUUUGGCAGAAGUGUUUGUCACAACUGAAUCUGAAACAAAUACAAAUAGAGUUGUGGGCACACGUGGUUAUAUGGCUCCUGAAUACGCUAUAAACGGUGUCUUCUUUGAGAAAUCUGAUGCAUUUAGUUUUGGAGUGAUGGUUUUGGAGAUCAUAAGUGGUAGGAGGUGCAACAACACUAUCUUUUAUGAUGGCAGCCCUCUCAACCUGGUUGGAUAUGCAUGGCAGUUGUGGAAGGCAGGUUCAGCCAUGGAACUAAGGAAUCCAGCACUACAAGAUUCAUGUUGUGAGGAGCAAGUUCUGAAAUGCGUUAACUUGGCUCUGCUUUGUGUUGAACACAAUCCAAUAGACAGACCUAGCAUGCCAGUAGUUGUUUCUAUGUUAACAAUAACAAGUGAAGGUGUAAAAUUACCAGCGCCAAAACAACCUGCAUUUUGCAUUGAAAGAAAGGUUGUUGGGGAAAAUGCGAGUGGCAUAAACAAGGCAGGGAAUACAAUUAAUAACUAAACUUUAUCUGUUAUGGAUCCACGAUAAAGGACACUGCGAAACGUCUCACAGUAGCAUGAAUUCAGGAGAUAUUGUUUCUAUUCUGUGGCCCUAUAUGAUUUCUCCCCAUUAGUUUAAAUUGGACCUUUUUCUUUGUAUAAGGUGAAUUGCACUAAUAAGGGAGCUCUCUUUUAUUCUUCCUUUCUUGCUAUUGUUUCUGUGUAAUUCUAGUCAAGGGACUUCAAUAUAAACUAUCCUCUGAGAAAUACCCUUACUCUUCCUACCUCCAACUCCGAAACUGAAGAAAUCAGAUUUUGUAGUGAAGAUGCCAUCUCUAGUAUAUUCAGGAGCCAUUAACAGAGUGAUAAAUCAAGCAGCUUCCUCUUAGAAUCUGUUAGUGGGGAAAACAGAGUGAUAAAAACGCAGGCCAAUGAAAAAUCAAACAACGAAUUUUCAAUGUUGUAAAACCAACUUAGAGAAGAUUUGCAUUCCGAAAAUAAA